CUAUUAUAGCCGUUCGCUUCGAAUCAGCUGACGGGAAAAGAGAAACUGCGUAAUACUCGUAAUACUACUUGUUCAUUGAUAAUUUCAAGGUUUGGUAGUGCUAAUAUUUUAAUAAGAGAUGGGGGCCUGUAUGGCGUUGUGCUCUAUUGCGAGCUGUGCAUCAUGUUUGUGUGGCACCGCUCCAUGUCUGCUGUGUGGCUGCUGUCCUUCUAGCAACAACUCCACCAUCACACGGCUGGUCUUCUCUUUCUUCCUUUUGUUGGGCACAUUGGUGUCUGUAAUAAUGAUCUUGCCUGGCAUGGAGACACAGCUUCGUAAGAUUCCUGGCUUUUGUCAAGGGGGAACCACAAUACCAGGGAUUCAGAACCAUGUUAACUGUGACGUGAUUGUGGGAUACAAAUCAGUGUACCGUAUGUGCUUUGCUAUGGCUUGCUUCUUUUUUUUGUUCUCUGCUAUCAUGAUUCGCGUUCGGAGCAGCAAAGACCCACGCGCAGCCAUUCAGAACGGGUUUUGGUUUUUUAAGUUUUUGAUAUUAGUUGGUAUCACCGUUGGAGCCUUUUUCAUCCCCGAUGGAACAUUUCAUGAUGUUUGGUUCUACUUUGGUAUUGUGGGCUCCUUCAUGUUUAUCCUGAUCCAGCUCAUCCUCCUGAUUGACUUUGCCCACUCUUGGAAUGAAGUGUGGGUGAGGAAUGCUGAGGAGGGCAAUAGCAAGUGUUGGUUCUCAGGUCUGUUGUUCUUCACCAUUGUUCACUAUGCCCUGGCUUUCGCCGCUAUUGUGCUGUUUUAUCUGUACUACACGAAACCAGACGACUGCACCGAACACAAGUUCUUUAUUAGCUUCAACCUUAUUCUCUGUGUCAUCGUAUCUGUGGUUUCCAUUCUGCCCAAAGUGCAGGAUGCUUCACCUCAGUCUGGACUGCUUCAGUCAUCUCUUAUCACUUUGUACACUAUGUAUGUCACCUGGUCCGCCAUGACUAACAAUCCUAAUCGGCAAUGUAAUCCUAGUCUACUCAGCCUAGUGUCCAACGUAACCACAGUUACACCCACGAGCUCUCCGGGGGUGGUACAGUGGUGGGAUGCUCAAGGCAUUGUGGGAUUGGUCAUCUUUCUAUUUUGCACCUUUUAUGCCAGCAUCCGUUCAUCCAACAACGCUCAGGUAAAUAGGCUGAUGCAGACAGAAGAGGGAGGGGGAUCUGAUGGAGUUGCGGAGGUGGGAAAGGAUGGUGUGCGGCAUGCCGUUGAUAAUGAGGAGGACGGUGUCACGUACAGCUACUCCUUUUUUCACUUUCACCUUUUCCUGGCCUCUCUUUACAUCAUGAUGACUCUCACUAACUGGUACAAACCUGACGUUAGCACCCAGGCCAUGCAGAGCACAAUGCCUGCAGUGUGGGUUAAGAUCAGCUCCAGCUGGCUGGGUCUCGCCCUCUACCUGUGGACCCUUGUGGCUCCUCUUGUUUUGCCCGACCGAGACUUCAACUGAGACUCUUCACCUAUUCAAAGCUGUGUGUGGUAAAAUAAUUACAAAACUCCAAAAACUAUAAAGUACCUAUGAAGAUUUAAAGUAAUUCAGUAUCAAGAGUUCAAGUUAAUCUUAAGGUCAAACAUUUUAAACACAUCCUUAAAAAUUACAUGAUCAUUUUACUGUUAGUGAUUAGGAUUAUAGGGGUGUUAGAUGUAGGAAACAACAAAAAGUGUAUAUACGGCUUACCACUCCAUAUGGCCUUACAUCAAGUAUUGUAAAUGGUCCAAAAAUGACUCCUGACAUUUUGUUCAGUAAACCGCACACUAAGAGUGACUGGACACUUUUUUUUGCACAUGCUUCCUUGCGAAUUCCUUAUGUUUAUAAAUAAUGUUCACAGAUUUGUAUACUGUAUGCACACUUUCUAAUCUUUUAAUGUAGAGUGAUGAGCAGCCUCGGGCUGCCUCCGUGUGACCACACAUGAUGUAUAAAUGCGGUAAAUGAAUAAAAUAGGAUAGAUCGAUAUAGCUUCUACUGUGCUGUCGAUACAGAUUCAAUUAUGCUGUCGUGGCUUUUACCUCUUUGCUCUUAUUUCUAGUUCAGUAUGGCUAUUUACGUGUUUUUUAAAAUCAUAACUAGUUUAAUUCUUACAACGUUAAAGUAAAAGCACUCCUUACGUGUUUGAGUUAGAGCUGUAAGCUGCACAAACCUAAAGCCACACAUUUUAAACAGGUGCACCCAAUAACUGUCCUAUAGAGACCAUCAACUUAGUGGUCUUGCCACGAAUACAAAUAUGCAUGUUAUUGCUGCUAAAAACCUUCACUACCUGAAGAGGAAAUGCUUUUAGAGAGAUUGCAUUCUAACAUCAGGGUCUUCUUCAAUAUACUGUACUAUAAUACACAAUAAUAUAGACUACAGUUUAGAAAGUUCACUGCGAUCACGCACUUUCUUAAGCAAUGUCAGCGCUGAGGGGCCGGUGGGAAGCCCAUGCGUUGUGGGGGGCUUAUGCAGGGGCUUAUGUGUUCAUACCGGACCCUCUGUAGAGCCUCAUAGAACUUGUGCAUGCAGAAGAUAAGCCUAAAAUGACACACCCUUUCAUGGUAGCGUUCACUACACUACACUCCAUUCCCAUGGGGUCCCCAUGAUGGUCCCAGUGCCAUUAAAAAUAGAUUGUGUUUUAAUAUUGAUCAAUAAUACAAUUUAUGGUGCUGUCGGUCCAUCAGAGGCAGAUGUUUACCUAUUGUGCUUGUCGUUCAGUAGAAAUGUGUGACACUUUGGAUACUUUCAUGUAUACAUUUUAUUUCUGUAAUUUUUUCCCAUUUUUGUUGUAAGCACAUGCUGGAGUAAAAUUACAUUUGGUUAAAUAGUGUAAAUCUAUUACUUUUUUAACAUUGCUGAAAACAUGUUCAAAGUACAUUUGGUGAAUUUCAUAACUAUAUAGUCAUUGUUGAUGUGUAUGCCUCAAGGCAUUAGGUUUUGUGAACACGUAAAUGCGCUAUGCAUGUAACAGGAAUGAUCUGAUUGUCUUGUGAAGUACAUACAGUAUAUUCAAUCUUUUUUCUUACAUGCACAAAAAAAUGCUGUUUUUUAACCCAAUGUUGGGUUAAACCGGGAUGAACCCAACUUGUUGGGUGGUUUUAACCCUUUGUUGGGUUAAUUUAACCCAAUGGCUAGGUUUAUCCUUUCAGACGCAACACUGGGUUGAUGCAUGCAUGACAAUUCAUAUGUAGUCUAUUAUAAGUAGCAACACGCAAGAUCAGUAAUUUACUUUAUUAAUUCUUCAUGUGCCUUUCUGGAUAUAUAGCUUGUCUUAUCAAAAGUAACCAGGUAUAUUCAGUCUGGGGAAAAAGUGCCUUUGUAACAAUUAAUUUUUCAAACCAUGUACAAUACCAAUAUGUUGAAGUGAUAUUUUAGCAAUCUAGUGUUUGAUCUGUGCUUAUGCUGUAUAUAUUUCAAUAAACCCAUAUAACUCAUAA